CUGCCGCGCCACAGUAGUGCGUGCACUUUUUAUUUGCAAAUGAGUUGGAGUCCCGCUGCGAAGGGCCUCGCGAGUUUGCCGUUUGUGGCCGUCGCGGGCUGGGCCGGCCUCGUGCAGCUCGAGCGCUCCAAGGCCAACCACCCGCCGCGCGGCUAUGCGUUUAUCACGGGCUCGAUGGACGACAUGGUUAUGGACACGUUGCAGACCGGCGACCUCGUCUUCUUCAAGCGCAACUGCGCAUACCUUCCGCCAAAGGAUGGGCUGAGUUGCUUCUUAUCGUCGCGUGUCGAGGCGUGGCAGGCGCGCUACAACCACGUUGGCUUUAUCCUUGUCGACCGGCUCGGCGAAAAGUUCAUUGUUGAAGAGACGUACGCCGGCGUCAAGUGCCGGCCGUACAGCGCCCGCAUCCUCACGUCGCUCUCGACUGAGAUUGUCGUCGUGCCACUCAAAGUCAAGCGGACGAUCGCAAUGCAGCAAGCUGCCAACCAGUUCGUGCAAGAAAAUGUCAACCGGCCUUCGCGCUUUACACUGCAGCACGUACUCGAACAGCUCUCGUCGUCGUCGACGUCGGGCAGCUCGCCCGUUCAUCCGUCGGCCGGACUCGUCGCCGAGGUGUACGCACGCAUGGGUCUCUUGCCAGCGCAGACGACGCCAGGCUACCUUCACCCCUCGUCGGCCACGAUCAAGGACUGGAGUGCGUACCGCCGCGUGCAGCUGCUGCAAGACGCCGAGCUGAGUCAAAUGCUCCCGAUUCGCCUCUUGUAAUAGCCGCCAUCGAUAGUCGGUGAGAAAAAAUAGCAGAAAAAUGCAUUGCUACCGACCUCAACUACUCGAUGUACCAUUGUUCAAACA